GAUCACAAUUCGGUUUAGCUCCAGUCUUAGUACAACCGCUGUCUCUUCACAAACAAUCGAGCUCUCACCAUCAGUUAUAUUUGUUCACGGAAGUGUUCUUUCCACAAAUAAAAAUGAAGUUAUAUACAAUAAUGGUUGUAAUGACUAUGCUCAUCUUUGAAUUAUGCUUUAAAAUUGUCGUGGGGACAGCCUUACAUCCGUUAAAUCGUGACGAACAUUAUAUGAAUCAUAAGCAGCAGUUUUGCGGCAAGCGUUUAUCUAAUGAGCUUGCCAUUUUAUGCGAGGGUGAAUUCUACGAAGUCAAUGUUAGUGCAAAUAGAAGGCAAAAAAGGGGAAUCGCCGACGAGUGUUGCAGUAGACCGUGUUCGAGAAGUUUUAUUAAAAUGAACUAUUGCCGUUCUUUAACCAAAGAAUUAAUAUAUACUAGUUCCCCAGUAUUAAGUCCAAUGGAGGAGGUUGAUUACCUUGGAUAUUAUUUUGAACUACUUGGGCGUGUAUUGAAACCUAUCACGAAGGAAUUAACCAGUACACCAAUUAACCAUUGACAACAACAAAUAAUAAAUACAUUCAUUAAAUUGUUUUAUUAAUAUUA